AUGAGAUACGAUUUUGGUAACGAAUAUUAUAAACGGGAGGAAAUGCAAAAUAUUUAUCAUCAAAUUGGGGCAGAAGUUGAACAGGUUGGUUUGGUUUAUGAUUGUUUGAAAAAAAUGCGAGAAGAAGUUGGUAGCAUUAAAGAUUUUUUAGCCCAAGCUCACAAUUUACGGCAAGAAGUUGCUAAUUUAAAAGCUGCUGUAGCCGAUAACAAAAGAUUAGCAAAUAAAAUUGCUGCUGAUGCUGUCGCUAAUUUAAAAAUAUUAGAAAAUAGACUGGAUAAUUUUAAAUCUCAAAGCGCUAUCGGCAGUGAUAUUAACAAUUUAUCUAGCCGAAUCAGUAGUUUAGAAAGCAGAGUUAGUAGUUUGGGAAACGGUGGAGGAAGUAGCAACAGUGGAGGAGUUUCAGUGG